UAGCAACCACUAAGGAAAACAUGGCAAAAGCUACAACGAUAAAAGAGGCAUUAGCGAAAUGGGAGGAAAAAGCAGGAGAGAAAGUCGGCGAGGCAAAAGCAGUCAAGCUGUAUGGACAGAUCCCACCCAUUGAGAAGAUGGAUGCCUCUCUCUCCACCCUCACUAACUGCGAGAGGCUAUCAUUGUCCACAAACUGUAUCGAGAAAAUCGCCAAUUUGAAUGGCCUCAAAAACCUAAAAAUAUUAUCCUUGGGACGCAACAAUAUUAAAAACCUGAAUGGACUGGAGGCUGUGGGAGACACCCUUGAGGAGCUCUGGAUAUCCUAUAACCUCAUAGAGAAGCUUAAAGGAAUCCAUGUUAUGAAAAAGCUGCAAGUUUUGUACAUGUCCAACAACCUUGUGAAAGAGUGGGGGGAGUUCCUCAAGCUGGCAGACCUUCCAGAGCUUGUGGACCUGGUGUUCGUGGGAAAUCCCCUGGAGGAGAAGUACUCGCUGGAGGGAAACUGGAUGGAGGAGGCCACCAAGAGGCUUCCCAAGCUUAAGAAGCUGGACGGGACUCCAGUAAUCAAGCAGGUGGAUGACGAGGAUGGAGAGAGUUAAUGACUUCAGAUUUCCCAGUUCCUUGUUUACAUUAGUUGUUUAUUUAAAUGGGUCCAGCACCAGCACAUGUGUGAUUAAAACAUGCAAUACUGACAAUACAAUCAAUUUUUAUACUGUG